GGCACCCUCCACGUCCUCCAUAGUCGACCCAAAACAGCUACUGUUCCCCAGUAGAAUGAACUUCCCAACCAAAAUCGCAGGCAGAAUUCCCCUCCUCCUUCCCUCCUCCUCUUCUUUUGGUCCACGAGGUUCUCUUUAAUCCCUCCCCAACUGUCUGCGCAGAUUGGGUUUCGUGACACUAGCCCACAACCGGAGAUUGAAACCCAACAUGGCUUGGAGCUUGGAGCAACUCGACGCCGCCGCCUUUGAAGUUGCCCAGUUGGGGGCGGUUCGUCCGGCGACUGAAGCUCACGUGCAGGAGGCUGUUGAGGCUCUUCGAGAUGGAAAAGUCAUUGCUGUCCCUACCGAUACGCUUUACGGCUUUGCCUGCGAUGCUUGCAAAGAGGAAGCGGUGAAUCGGAUUUACGAGAUUAAGGGGCGAAAGCAUACGAGUCCUUUAGCCAUUUGUGUUGGGGAUGUGCUGGAGAUUCAGCGGUUUGCUGUCACCGAGCAUUUGCCUCAUGGUUUAGUCGAGAGCCUGCUUCCGGGGCCUGUUACUCUCGUACUUCGACGAGGGGAGUCGAGUAUACUUGAGAAGUCCUUGAACCCCGGAUUGGAGAGUAUAGGAGUCAGAGUGCCGGACUGUAACUUCAUCAGGGGGAUUGCCCGGGGAUUGGGGAGUGCGUUGGCCCUUACCAGUGCAAACCUAAGCGGGCAGCCAAGUAGUGUUAGCAUCAAGGAUUUCGAGAGCCUCUGGGAACAUUGUGCGUAUGUAUACCACGGUGGCGUGCUUCCUUCAGGUCGUGCAGGCUCGACAGUUGUGGACCUUACCAGGCUAGGCAAAUUCAAGAUUCUUAGAUCUGGAAGUGCAAGGGAAGAGACUGUUGCUAUUCUAGAAAGGCAUUCUCUUGAAGAAGAAUCGGCUGGUUAAACCACAUGUAACCUCCAUUCUGCAAUGAAGUUGCAUAUGCUUUGAAUUAUUUAUCAGUGACGCUUGAAAAGAAAGUUAGGGACAUAUAUAUUAGAUGCUUGAUUUUUAUGAUUUGUAAAAUUGUUAUUGUUUCACAAGCUGAUUCUUGCAGUCUUUUCUACUCUACAUCAACACUCAUCGGAUUUGUUGUAAACCAAUGUAAAUUUCCAUUCACGUAGAAGUCUGUUGGGGGAGCGUUAUUU